GUUUGGGGAGGGUUUUUUGGGGGGUUUUGCCCAAAAAAACCCAAAUUUCUCUUGCAGCUGCGGGGGCAGAUGCGCAGGAACCACCGGCUGAAGGUGGGGUUCUUUAACCAGCAAGCGGCCGAGCAGCUGCGAUUGGAGGAGACGGCGGCCGAAUUCCUGCAGAGGAGCUUCAACCUCCCCCACCAGGACGCCCGGAAGUGCCUCGGACGCUUCGGCCUCGAGGGCCACGCCCACACCCUGCAGAUCGCCAAGCUCUCGGGUGGGCAGAAGGCCCGGGUGGUCUUUGCCGAACUCGCCUGUCGGGAGCCCGACGUGCUCAUCCUGGACGAGCCCACCAACAACCUGGACAUCGAGUCCAUCGACGCCUUGGCCGACGCCAUCAACGACUACAAGGGGGCGGUGAUCGUGGUGAGCCACGACGCGCGGCUGAUCACGGAGACCAACUGCCAGCUGUGGGUGGUGGAGGAGCAGGGCCUGAGCCAGAUCGACGGAGACUUCGACGACUACAAACGGGAGGUGCUCGAGGCCCUCGGGGAGGUCGUCGUGCACCGGCCCCGGGAGUGACCCCGGAGCAGAAUGGGGGGCCCUGGAGGGGUUUCUCUGGGAAUAAAAGGCGCUG